AGACGGAGGAGUGAACUGAGCAGCCUCCAGUCUUGACUGGUGUCUGAGGACUGCUGUUGAGCUCAGGCUCACUCGCUGUAAAACUCUUGCCUGUUUAUUUAGCAUUCGCGCUGGUUUUCAUCGUUCUCGGUUCCGUCGUGAUGUUGCGGGUCGUGGUGUUGAUGGGGCUGCUGGCCGUGGAGGGCUCUGCCGCUGCGCUGCCCAAGAACGAAUCGUUCAUUCGGACAUUUUCCGGUUUCUUCCUCACCGUCACCGAUGAGCCAAUUGAUUUCCUCGACGUGCUGGAGGACGGCAGCGGUUCUGGCUCGGGUCCAAUAUACAAACCCAAGAAAGACCACCACGUGACUAAAAGCACUUAUCGCGUGUCUCCGGAGGCCUCCAGCUUCCUCACGGGCCGCGUGCUGACCGCUGUCGUCCCAACAAUAUACAUCAUAGUGUUCAUCAUCAGCGCUCCUCUAAACCUGCUGGCGCUGGUCAUGUUUGUGCGCAAAGUGAGACCAAAAAAACCCGCGGCGAUUUAUAUGAUGAAUCUGGCAUGCGCCGACCUUCUGUUCGUCUUGGUGCUCCCGUUUAGGAUAGCCUACCGUUACAACGGAAAUAACUGGACAUACGGGGCCGGCAUGUGUCGCUUUGUCACGGCCGCUUUCUACUGCAACAUGUACUGCUCUGUGCUGCUGAUAACGUGCAUCAGCGUGGACCGCUUCAUGGCUGUCGUUUACCCGAUGCACUCGCUCACGUGGCGCAGUCCGCAAACCGCGUCCGUCGCGUGCGCCGCCAUGUGGCUUCUGUCCGUCGGCGGCGUGACGCCUCUGCUGCUUUCCAAUCAAACCGUUCACCUGGCGGACCUGGGCAUCACCACCUGUCACGACGUCCUUGACAUCCACCACCUCCGCGCGUAUUACCUGUACUUCUUCCCCGUCAUCUCUUUACUUUUCUUCUUCGUCCCGCUAAUUGUCAGCGCCGUCUGCAACGUGCGCAUCGUCCAAGCCUUGUGCGCGGCCAACGUGGAAAACCGCGCGAAAAAAACGCGGGCCGUCUUCAUGGCCCUAACCGUCUUUUCUGUAUUCGUCGUAUGCUUCGCGCCUACAAACGUCAUCCUGUUGUCGCAUUACGUGCAGUUCGCGCACAAGCACAGCGACGCGUCCUACGCCGCGUACUUGCUGUCCACGUGCAUAGGGAGCAUCAGCUACUGCCUGGACCCUCUCAUGUACUACUUCGGAUCUUCUCAAUGCCAGAAACAGGUUCUGGCCUUUCUCAAGUGUCAGGGAGCGGCGGGCAUCGAGAGGAGCGCGCAGUUCACCAGCACCACCAGGUCAAGCAACCUGGAGACUUUUAAAAGCAGCGUGAGCAACCAGUAUAAGAAGUUGAUGGCGUGAGCAGCCUGCAUGGUUUUGGCGAGGUUGAGAGACCUUCUCCAAGGACUUUAAAUCAGUUAUUUUACCAGCUCCAUCUCAUUUAGGAUGGUUGAGUCGAUUGCACUCGUUCAUUGGAACUCUUGAAGUAUUAUUCAUAACAUUUGCAAGAACAAUGAAAAUGACUAUGGCACUUAAACCAUUUCUACACUGUUGUAACAUCUACGCUUUAUUUUUGUAUUCAUUUUUUUACUAUGUCACAAAAAACGAUUUUCUUGCCGAGAUAAAGGCGUAUAUCAGAUGCAUAAUGCUUUUUUUUCAAAAAUUAAAGUUUGUAGGUUAUAUUUUUGUUUUUUACAUGACGGCUGUAUUUUACUUGGUGAAAAUUCUCAAAAACCUUCUCCAGUUAACCAUGGUUUUAUCUUUAGGUAGAUAUUACAACGUGGACACAACUGUUAAAUAGUUCGGGGUCCGAAAAUUUAUUCAGCAAGGAUGCAUUAAAUUGACAGUGUUUAUGUUACAAAAGAUUUCUGUUUCAAAAAUAUUUCGAAUGCUGAUUUUUCAAAGAAUCGUGAAAAAUGUAUUACAGUUUGCAUGAAGAAAAAAGAUACACAAAACAUAAUAAUCGUUUGACAUUGAAGAAUGGUGAGAAAAUUGGGCUUUGCGUGACUGAAAUAAAUGGUAUUUAAUAUAUAAUAAAAUUUUAACUUUUGCAUAUUGGAA